AUGUCGGACGGACACUGCAUUAUAUGUAUGGACGAUAUUCAGGACCGAAAAACUUUAGGAUGCUGUCACUCGUUUUGCACGGAUUGUAUCGAUGGUGUUUUUAAAGUAAAACCCGCUUGUCCGAUAUGUGGUACAUUCCAUGGUACUUACGAGGGAACUCAGCCUCCGGGUGAGAUGAGAGUGUCCCGUACCUGGCAGGGUUUACCAGGAUACGUAUCAUGCGGAACCAUCGUUAUCGAGUAUCACUUUCCAGGCGGCAUACAAGGGCCUGAGCAUCCAAACCCAGGAAAAAGGUAUUCAAGGACAUCGCGAAGAGCGUUCCUUCCUGCCUGUGCUGAAGGCGAGCGUGUUCUGAAGCUUCUACAAGUAGCGUUCGAUCGGAGGCUCACAUUCACCAUUGGAACCUCGGUGACGACUGGACUCUCCAAUGUCAUCACGUGGAAUGACAUUCACCAUAAGACCAGUAUGACUGGAGGACCUCAGGGGUUUGGAUAUCCGGAUCCUGAUUAUCUCCGGAGGGUCAGAGAGGAGCUACGACAGAAAGGAGUGACUGAGGCAGAUGUGUCAUCACAGUGAUGUUACUGACUUGACU